AUGCUUGUCCUAGUGAAAUGGUGCUUGAAAAGCUGCUACUGGAAUGGACGUUUUUCCGGUGUACUAAACUUCGAGGCCGAUUUUAAGACGGGUCAAAUGGUAGCCACCAAGAGAUCUACAAUAUUUUCAGCCUUUUCUCAUCUACUAAUGUUCACAUUACUGAUUUACCACACAUUAAGAACGCACACUGUGACCACCAUGUGGAAAUAUGCAAAUUCCCUUCACGAAUACGUGUUCAUGGUCAUAGCGGGCUUUCGAUUGAUUUGUGUUUUCCUGGCUUUAGUCAGCCGUUGGACUCAACGUCGGACAUUUAUGCGAAUGUUAAAAUCGUUUUGGAUACUCUAUAAGAAAAAUCCAGAGAUAAUACAGUGUUGCCAAAGGAGCAUCCUUAGCAAAUUCUGUUGCGUGACCAUGGCGGAGAUUUUUCAAGUUAUAGUCACCUUUGUUCUGAUACGAAAUAAGAUAAACUUUGCCACUGGUCUUCGCCUUUGGGCAGUAUUGAGCUUGACGGCCGUAAUAAAUGUGAUCAUCAUGCAGUAUUUUAUAGCCAUGGCGAGUAUUCGAGGUCGCUAUAUCCUUCUGAAUAGGGAUCUGCGUAUGAUUGUUGCCGAAACCCGAUCGCUGAAUCCCAACCGAAGUGGAGUUUUUGUGACCAGAUGUUGCUGCCUAGCCGAUCGACUGGAAGAAAUCGCCAUCAGUCAAUCGGGCUUACAAAAGCUUAUCGAGCAGUUAUCGGAAGCAUAUCAGGGCCAGGUCGUCUGCUUGGUAAUCGGUUACUACCUGAAUAUGGUGGCAAGUGGUUACAUAUUAUUCAGUAUCACCAAAUACAAGGGUCUAUCGGAUAAUUCGCCAUUGAUCGUCACAAUUUGCAGCAUUGCCUACUUUGUUUUUUACUAUCUCGAUUGUUGCCUCAAUUCGCUUAACAUAUUUUAUCUCUUGGAUGAACACGAUAAAAUGGUCAGAUUACUGGAUCAGCGGACACUUUUUCAGCCAGGCCUGGAUCACAGAUUGGAAACCGUUUUCGAAAGUUUUGUUCUCAACCUGUCAAGAAAUCCACUAAAAUUAAGUUUUUUUGGCUUAUUCCAAAUCGAUCGUGUUUCAUCGUUUGCUCUGGGCAACUCCAUAUUAACGCAUUCCUUACUUUUGAUCCAAUAUGAUGUAGAACAUUUCUAA